AUGACGUCAUUUGACGGGAAAAUAUCGGUAAGGAAGAAGAGGUCACCGUGUUGCAUGAAUAUGGGUAUGAAGAGAAGACCAUGGAGGAAUGAAGAGGACAAGAUUCUUGCGAACUUCAUCAAGAAAGAAGGCGAAGGAAGGUGGGUAACGCUUCCACAAAGAGCUGGCUUACUCCGAUGUGGAAAAAGCUGCCGUCAACGGUGGAUGAAUUAUCUCCGGCCGUCUGUAAGACGUGACGAUAUCACUUCCGACGAGGAGGAUCUCAUCCUCCGCCUUCAUCGCCUCCUUGGCAACCGGUGGUCAUUGAUCGCGGGAAGGAUACCGGGAAGGACUGAUAAUGACAUCAAGAACCAUUGGUACACUUAUCUUAGUAAGAAACUCUUAAGAGAAGGCAUUGAUCCUCAAACCCACAAGCCUCUUGAUGCAAACAACACCCAUACACCGGGAGAAGAAGUUUCCGGUAGACAAAAUCUUCUAGAGCCUGAUUCUAAUUAUUCUCACACUGAUAAUACCAAUGUUAGUAACGGGAAUGAAGCUAGCAAGAUCAGUUUAAGCGUCUUUGGUGAUGAAGACUUUGGUUUCUCUUACGAUGAAAAGUUCUCUUCGUUUCUUAAUUCGCUCAUCAAUGAUGAUCCUUCUGAUAGUAAUAUUCAAUUAUCCCAGCCGAUACAGAUUCAAGAUUGA